CAAAAACAAAAACCAUUAAAGACCAAAUCAAAAAGGACCCUGAACUGGUGCAACAAAUGGAAGAAUUUCUGCAGGUUGCGGUGAAGGAGCUGAAAGAACUGGACACACAGAGAGUGGAGUUACAGAAAGAAGUUCACACCCUUAUUGAUUUCUUCUGUGAAGACAAAGAAACCAUGAAACUUGAUGAAUGUUUCCAGAUAUUCCGGGAUUUCUGUGACAAGUUCAACAAAGCAGUGAAGGAGAAUAAGGAGAGAGAAUUACAAGACAUUCGCCAGAAGCAGAGACUGAAGGAACAGGAGCUAAAACGUCAGUCCUGGGUCUGUGUAGAGGCUGGAGGUUUUGGAAGGAGUAGCAGUGAAAGUGAUGUGGAGUUACUGACAAAGAAGGGACUGGAGGAGUUUUUACUUCAAAGGCCCCAAAGCCCACUGAGUAGGACCUCUAGCACUAGGCGUUCUCGACACUCAUUAGGUGUUACAGCAGACAGAGAACUUCUAAUGUACUUGGAAGCCCCUCAGGAUGAUCAGUUAAACAAAUGUAAUAGUCUUCCCAGAACUCACACUCGACAGUCAAGACCAACAAUUGCAUGGAUGAAUUCCAAAGACAAAAAUGAAGAGGGCAAUAUGCACUUAAGUAAAAAUGAAGCCAUUCAAAGUUCCUCACCUUUGCCUACAGUUCAUAUUAGUAGUUUUGGAGAUGACCACACUGCCGUAGUAAAUAAACGAAAUAAUCAGACCAAUAUAGACCGCAACAACAACCAGCCACAAAACUGCCAAGAAAAUGGAGACCGUUCAAUUAAAAAGACCCCU